UCGUUUUAAGUGACUCAACGGCCAACACCUCUCUCUUUCUCUCUAUCUCUAUCUCUCUCUUUCUCUCUUUUUCUUUCUUUCUCUCUUUCUCUCUCUACCUAUCUAUCUAUCUAUCUGUCUAUUUCUAUGUCUCGAUUUGAAAGGUCCUUCUACUUUUUUUUUUUUUUUAUAUCAGUGUAUCCAGUUCGGUGCAUUUUAAAUUCGAUUGAUUCAUCGAUAAUAUCUCGUGAAAUGAAGUUUUAAUCGAUCAUUUAAAAGAAAAAAAGAAAGAAGAAAGAAAAAAGAAAAAAGAGAGAGAGAGAAAGAGAAUCGAAAUCAUCAAAAUAAAUACAUUCGAAGAAGAGUGAAAGAAAGAAAGUGAUCAGAACUGCAAAAGAAAAGAAACGUAUCGUACGAUUGAUCCUUUUAAUGAAUUAAAUUUAUUUAUUGUUAACGUUUGAAUGAACGCGCGUGUUGAAUGAUAACUACAGUGCUACGAAAUAUCAGAUCAAAAAGAAUUUUUCCCGAUCUUUUGUGGAAAUCUUUAACGUCGCCGUUAAAUAAUAUCGAAAAUAAACAUCAUUAUUAUGGGUAUGGAUGAACAACAAGAAUUCAGUUAUGAGUGUGGUCUAAGCAAGGAUACGCAAAAAAUGGCGAAGGAUGAACUUCGCGAGGAUGAUAAAAUGAGAGAACAAUCAUUGGAACAAUUCAGGCAAUGGAUUUUAAAACAUCCAUCAAUUAAAACUUGCAGGAUGGAUCCGAUCUUUCUUCUUAGAUUUUUAAGAACGAAAAAGUUUAGUCUACCGAUGGCACAGAAGAUGCUCGAAAGAUAUCUCACUGUAAGACAAUUAUAUCCCGAAUGGUUUCAAAAUCUUGACAUCGACGAUCCGGAAAUAGAAGCCAUUAUAGACAAUGGCUAUAUCAUACCUUUGCUAGAACGAGACGCUCAAGGACGAAAAAUCUUAUUCAUUUCCCCAGAACGCUUUAACCCAUACAAAUACACGUUGGCCCAGAUGGUACGCGUCCAUAGUAUCAUCUUCGAAGCUCUCCUGGACGACGAGGAAAAUCAAGUUCGCGGAUAUAACUACAUAAUAGAUGAGUCCGGCUUAACUAUGGGACAUCUAAGCGUCUGGUCUUUCACAGAUAUCCGUAACAUGCUAUAUUGCGCAGAGAAUAGUUUGCCUGUGAGACAUAAGGAAACUCAUUUUAUCAAUAUACCAACAUAUGCUUCCAAGAUUAUUGAAUUUGCUAUGUCUUGUCUCAAAGACAAAUUCAGAAAUCGUAUUGUGAUACAUAAGAGCAUCGAGGAAUUGAAAGAAAUUCUAGAUCCAAAGAUCCUGCCAAAGGAAUAUGGAGGCGAAGUUCCUCUUACGGAGAUGAUCGACACUAUUAAGAAGAUCUUAAAAGAGAAGAAGGAACAAAUAAAGGCUCUCGACAAAAUGCACAUUGAAAUUUCGCCAAAUGAGUAUCAGGGCGCAUACGAUGACGAAUUUAGUGGUAUUUUUGGUUCCUUUCGUAAGUUAGAAGUGGAUUAAUCCCCCCCCCCUCCCCCCCACACUCCAACCAUCCAUUGGUAUUCCGAUAUUAAUUCAUUGAUUUUCUUUUUUUGUUUUUGUUUUUUUUUUUCCAUUGUUUAAACCGUAUCAAUGUAUAAUAUGUUUGUUAGAGCAUCGUUACGGUUAAAAAUGUUUUUAAUUGUUCUCGUUCAUAUUUAUUUAUAGUUACGUUUUCAUAUUUUAUAUGAAAUUUAAAUUUUGUAUAGACAUCAUCGUUUUCUUUUAUUCUAAUGUUAUCUUCUUCUUUUUUUUUUUUUUUUUUUUUUUUUUUUUUUUUUUUUUUUUUUUUUCUCCUAUAUAUAACAGCGUUAUAAAGGUCAAGUUAUAUUUAAUAUCUCUCGAUUUACUUUUAAUAUAUCUACGUUUCUUUCGCGUAAUAUACUAUAUUAUAUAUAUAUAUAUAUAUAUAUCUCAGAUAUAUAAAAAUAAUACACCGAAUCAAUCAUGAUAUAAUCUUUAGAAGUCCUUGACUUUUAUAAAAAUUUAUCUUAUAGUAAACAUAUUAUUUAAAGUCGAAAUGAUGAGAUUUAUAGUACAUACAUAUACAUACAUACCGCGUAAUCUUUAUUACUAUAUUUGAAUAUUCUCCGCUGGUGGUUCAAGUUACCUUUCUUUCUUAUUAUAAAUAUAUAUUUCGACCGAAUUUAAUUAAAGUCGAUUAAUAACAAGAUAUUAUCGUAUUGUACGUAAGUACAUAUAGUUUCGAAUAUUUCUUUUUUUUUUUUUUUUUUUUUUUUUUUUUUUUUAAGUUACAUUUGAAUAUACUACAAAAUAACGGGUUUAUUAAAAUUAGAUUUUAAGCGUUGUUAAGAUCUUUGCAUUCAACUUAUGUGUGCGUGUGUAUCAUGUAUGUAAUUAGUUAAAAUAUAUUUACAUAUUUACACUUAAUUACAUACAUAUAUAUAUAUAUAUGUAUGUGUGUAUAUAUAUAUAUACACACACACACACACACACACACACACACACACACAUAUAUACAUAUACAGAUGCACUAAUAAAUAUUUCUGUUUUAUAAUUUAAUUAUGUUUGUCUUUGUUUUGAAUUUGUGUAUAAAGUAAUGUUAAUAAAACAAUUUAUUUUCAAAUAAAUAUAAAAAAAAAAAAAACAUAAAAAGAAAAUGAAAUGAAAUAAAAUAAAUAAAUAAAAAAAAUAAGGAACUCAUGUAAUAAUAUAAUGAACACUUAUUUGUUACGUUAAAAGAAAAUAAUACGUUUAUAACGAAAAAUGGAAGUUCCUAGCGCUCGAGUUCCAUAAUGAAAACUUCAAUAAUUGCUGCUUUUAUAAAUUAAAAUAUUAUACAUCAUAGGUUGUCGUGUUAUGUACAAUGAUAAAUAUUAUUAAACAUUGUGAUAUAACACUAUCCUUUUAUCCAUAUAUUUCAUAGAGAAACUAAGAAACAAAAAUAAGUAAUAUGAAAUUGAAACAUACAUUUACUAGAAUUCUGUGUUGAUGUUGCUCAUAAUUUCCUUCAAAAAUUCCAUGCUUGCUGGAGCUGUUGUAUAUAAGCUACCUGAAAUGUAAAGCGUUACAAUAUAUAAUAUAACGUUGUUAAUAUUAAAAGUCAAUUUAAUUUUUAUAUAUAACGUAAUUAAGUAUAAAAAUAUAAUAUUUUUUUUAAUAAAAAUAAAUAUCCAUACCUAUAAA